AUGUUUGCGGCAAUGGACCUUUGCAAAAUCCUGAUAUCCCUCACCGCAACUCUGGCUACAGGCACAUUGGCGCAAGACGAACCUCAACGGCGACUGAACGAAACACUCAUACUAAAGGAAUUUCCCAAUGCGCUGUCGGCUGGCGAUUCAUCCGACCCUCUGUUCAGGCGAGCAUCCGACAGUCUCUCGUGUCAAGCAGGUUAUAGUCUCUGCGAGGGCGAAGCAGUCUGCUGUCCCACUGGCAACACCUGCUGCAGCAACGGGUACUGCACCGAUCCCGGCUAUACGUGCUGCACCACACUGCUAGGAUCAUGUCCUAACGGCUGGCAAUGCUGUGCAGACGGUGGCUGUGCGCCUCUUCUCGGUGAAUGUUGCGCUGGUGGUCUUUACUGCCCGGCUGGUAAACAGUGUCGAACUUGGAAGGGGGAGCAAACGUGCUGCCCUUCAUCUGGCUGCUCUGGAGAGAAUGACACUGGUGGAUCAGAGAGCACACUCCUUGUCGCAACACCAACCAUAAGCGCAACCUCUGUAUCAACUAGCCCGAGCGGUAGGUCUCUUGACUCUCAGCAUUUUAAACAUCACAGUGUGAAACUUUGGCUGACUAGUUUGCACUACAUUAGCCACGACUACGACCACGCCUGUGUCGAGAUAUGGCGGAAAUUCACGAAGUCACUCGGGGAUAUCCGGUGGAGCUAUUGCGGGUAUAACCGUGGGAUCUGUCGCCGGCGUGCUCAUUAUUCUGGCUUUGUUGUUCAGAAAGAAACUAGUGGCAUGCUUCCAACCAAGGAAACCAGCCUUCGACUUCGGGCCCGGAUCCUCGCCAGGGUAUGUGGCGCCCUCUGA